AUGAAACCAAUUUUUAUUGCAUUUACUGAUGGAAGAUCUAAUGUAAAGUCUAGAUUUUCUAAAGCACGACAAUGUUGUUCAGAUUUAUUUAUACAAAAUAGUUUCGAUGCAUUGUUUGUUACUACUAAUCCACCAGAUCAUUCUGCUUAUAAUCCAAUUGACCGUCGUAUGGCUUCAUUGAAUCAUGAUUUAUCUGGUUUAAUAUUACCACAUGAUUACUGGAGAAAUCAUUUAAAUGAAAGUGGAAAAACAAUAGAUAUAGGUUCAAAAAACCGACAUUUUCGAUGUGCUGGUACACGGUUAGCUGAAGUUUGA